GAGUACUGGAGUCUAGUGUUUACUGAGAAAUCCGCAUUGAUAUUUGCUCUGAGCCCCUUAGUAUAGCGAGCUGACCUGGAGUUUCCACCUGCAUCAACCCGGAGGUGGCCACGGUAGGAAGAUGGCACGGGUAACCUGGCUCUUCGUCUCGCUGUUUUGGACGGUGACGACAGCCAUCCAUACCGCAAAGUUCUUCGCCCCCGACAACAAGACAAAGCAGAUAUUGAAUCCCUUCGUUCAGCUAAACGCACGUUCGGCCUUACACUGUUCCAUGGCUUGCCUCGACCGCAUGAACUGCUUCACCUACUCUGUGACCAAGGGAUCUGGGUCUGUGGACUGUCGAUUGAGCAGCACAUACGAUCCACAGAGGAUUCUCAAUUCUGACAGCAGCUUCUACUACCGAGAAGUGACAGCCGCAGGUUAUAACCCUGUGCCGGGAACCCUCAGUUAUGUGAGGACCGUCGUGGACAGAACAAAGGAUUGGCCCCAUGCAGAGGCGGACUGCGAGACAGUCGGGGGCCGACUGGCCGUGGACAACAAUCAGCAGAUCCACGACUACAUAAGCCAGGCCAUAGUGGCUCUUGGAAUAUACGCGCAUCCUGCCCAAUAUUAUGGAUAUUUCUGGAUCGGAGGGUACAGCUCGACGGACUAUCUCCAUUGGAGGCUUCUCGAUGGCACGACGGUGAAUAUCACAGGACCAGGCACAGGCCCCUUCCACGCGUCAGAACCUGAAGCCGGAACAAAUUGCCUGGAGAUCGCCGUGUACCCAGUCCCGGACCCAACCUGCUGCUCGGCCAAAUGGGGUGGGGACAUGUGCAACUGGAUCUCCUGGACCUCGGGAUACUUCUGCGAGAUCAAGAUACCAAAUUGAUGAUGGUAUUUUGAUGCUAGGGAUGCAAAUGGGAAAUCGAUGAGAAGUGAUGAGCUCUCGUCGUUCAUGAAUUUCUCAUGUAUUUGUCACGAUUUCUUCAGUAUUUAGGUCUCUUGAACUUACUGCUGGCAAUGUUGAUUUUCACGUGAUGCACCUCAAAUGUUUCAUAUUUAAUUCUCCAAUAGAUAUUCGUCCGCACAAUAAUGUAUAUGUAUGCACAGGCAAGGACUUCAUGCAAAUUUAAUCAUUGUGAUGAUACACUAGAGUUCGAACUUACUAAAUCCCAAAUAUUGAAUAAUAUGCUUACAUUUCUUACGUCGUGAGUCACGGAACCAAGUACUUCUAACCAAAAGGCAUGAAUGAGACAAUGGAUGCAGGGGGGAAUGUGAUUCGGAGCAAAGAUUCUCUACGACUAUUAAUUUCGAAAGCCUCAGUUUCCCAGGAAGUUUUGCUUUCCGGUUUCUGGCAUGCACGGCUACUGAUGUUGGGUGCAUAUUAACUUUCAAAUGUUCCACUUCUUACCUACAUUACUGUUCAGUUGCCUGGGGGAAAGAGAAUUCCAUUAUUACAAUUUUGCAACUUUCAUCUGGUGUAGAUGCUUCAACAGUGAAUGAACUGCCAUGAAUUUGAACAGUUGAGAUCACCAUGUACUUUCUAUGUUUCUCCUAACCAACAUUUUCAUGUAUACUGCUUCAUAGACCUAGUACAUUUUAGAAACUGAUAAGAGGUUCCCACUUGCCCCGAUAAUUGGGGCAUGUUGGAAGGCUUGGAAAAACGUUUCUACAAAAGUGAUUUCUUUUCAUUUUAGGAUCUUUUUUAAUAAGAGCUUUUAGGCUUGAAUUUUGUGUGCUAACAGUUGAUUUUUGUGGGUUACCAGUCAUCAAAAUAGUUCUUCAACACACUAAGCAACAUUCAGAUUAUCUCCUCUUCAAGUCGGAAAAUUAUAAAAUCCUCCCGAAACUUUUCAGUGACGCACAUAACGGCUCCUUCAUUUUACGCCCGGGGAAAAAAAAGGUAAAUAAAUAUUAAUUCCCAUUUGUAAUAACACUCUGCUACGAAUACAUAUUUCCUGUAUGCUGCAUGAUUGCAAAUUACAUGAUGUAUCACAUUUAGUACAAUCCAGUUUUUUUUUUAUGACAUUGAUACCUCCCCACACUGUCACUGUCCCUCCAUCUUUCCGGAACGCCAUCGCUCUUCAUUCCAUCGACUGAUGGCUCUGCUCCACUCAUGGUGUCGUCUAUGGUGGACUUGUAUACGGGAACCUUCAUGGCUGGAUGGCGAGCGGCAUUCCCAGCUGAAAGCAGGAGAGCUCCUGCUAGA